UUCAUUUUGUACCGUUACAAAGCGGUCUACUUGAGACCAUUGAGGUAAUUAUGAAGACGGCGCGUUGUGUUUACGUGUUUUUUAUAAUUUUAAAAUCGGUCAAUGAAAUUGUUGGAGAUUGCAAUUUAUCAUUAAAAAAUGAUCUCGGACAUCCGUCACCAGUUUACAUCAAGAGCGGGAAAUUUUUGGUGCCAAACGCAACGACGGGUGACAUAUUGGUGCGUCGUUCGGAAAUUCUACUCGUAGGGUGUCCGGGGAAAAAUAAAUUUGUUGUUUUAUCUAACCAUACCACGGAUUUAGACGUUGUUGAGGUUCAAUGUAUAUCAGGCACAACAUUCCACGCUGGGAGAUGGGUGGGUGACUUCAAACAGAUAAGAUGUAACGCACCACCUUGGUUCACGGUGGAAGCUACGAAUAUUUCGUGUCACGAUGACCAUAGAAUUUACAGGGUUGGUUAUAGCUUGGCGGAUAAUUUCUAUACUCUCUACGAGGCCUGUUUUGACGAGGGGUUGUUGAUAACACUCUACGUACGUCAUGAACUGACACCAGAGGCCAAGUACCAUCAGUUAGGUGGCAAUCGCCCAUCAUUUAUUGUCCGAAUGGCAAAUGUAUAUGCGCUGAAGAAUCAGAGAACAAGAAUCAACGACGCACUUGGAGAUCAGAUGGAUCAACAAUAUAUUACCAAGAAACAGUUUCUUACACGAGGUCAUCUUGCGCCUCGAGCGGAUUUUUCACUACGGAGUCAUCAACGCGCUUCCUUUCACUAUAUCAACGCUGCACCACAAUGGAUGCGAGGGAACGCAGGAGACUGGGCAGCGUUAGAAGAUGCAUUACGGCGUCGCGUCGUCAGCAGAGGAAAGAAGGUGACAGUGUACACUGGGACAUACGGAGUGUGUACACUGGCUGAUGCCUCCGGAGGACAACAUGAGUUGUAUUUACACUCUGAUGAAAACAAUAACGGAGUAAUUCCUGUUCCUCUGUACUAUUAUAAGGUGGUUUAUGAUUUAGAAGACAAAACAGCAGUGGCUUUUGUAACAAUCAAUUCUUCGUAUUACAACUCCACUAUAAUAGACGAGUUAACAUUUUGCAGCGACAUCUGUGAUGGGAAUCGGAACUAUUCGUGGUUAAGAUGGCGUUCGAAUGACGGCACACACAGUUUUUGUUGUGAUUAUGAUGAAUUCAUAAAAGAAAUUGAUCAUUUACCCGAAUUGAAUGUUAAGGGAAGGUUUUAUUAA